CAAACGCAACUUCCUGCCCCACUCGGCGCCGAAAAGGCCUGUUCUAGCCGGGCUCUAGAGUUCCGCACGCCUACCUGGGUCAAGGUGUACCCCGUGGGCGCUGUGGGGAAUCCCCGCGCGGCUGGACAGGCGUGGCCAUGUGGCGUCUGCUGGCUCGCGCCAGUGCGCCCCUCCUGCGAGUGCCUUUAUCAGAUUCGUGGGCAGCCCCGCCUGCCAGUGCUGGCCUAAAGACGCUGCUCCCCGUGCCAGCUUUUGAAGAUGUUUCCAUUCCCGAAAGGCCCAAGCUUAGAUUUGUUGAAAGGGUACCACUUGUGCCCAAAGUGAGAAGAGAACAUAAAAACUUGAAUGACAUACGGGGACCUUCCACUGAAGCCACUGAGUUCACACAGGGCAGUUUUGCAAUCUUGGCACUGGGUGGUGGUUAUCUUCACUGGGGCCAUUUUGAAAUGAUGCGCCUGACAAUCAACCGCUCUAUGGACCCCAAGAACAUGUUUGCCUUGUGGCGAGUACCAGCCCCUUUCAAGCCCAUCACCCGCAAGGGUAUGGGACAGCGCAUGGGGGGAGGCAAAGGAGCCAUCGAUCACUACGUGACUCCCGUGAGGGCUGGCCGCCUCAUAGUAGAGAUGGGUGGACGUUGUGAAUUCAAAGAGGUCCAAGGUUUCCUCGACCAGGUUGCCCACAAGUUGCCAUUCCCGGCAAAGGCCGUGAGCCGUGAGACUCUAGAAAAGAUGCGGAAAGAUCAAGAGGAACGAGAACGUAACAACCAGAACCCCUGGACCUUUGAGCGCAUAGCCACUGCCAACAUGCUGGGGAUACGGAAAGUGCUGAGCCCGUAUGACCUGACCCAGAAGGGGCGGUACUGGGGCAAGUUCUACAUGCCCAAACGUGUGUAGUGAGAGCGUGAGGACUAAACGCACACAGGCUGUUGAAAGAAGCAAUCUCCAUUUUUGUUGCCACGGCCCACCAUGAAAAUCUGGGUAGCUCAGGUCGCAGUCGAGGAGCAGCGUAUGAUACUGCAGACGAUUUCUGAAAAAUUAUAUGAUCUCUCGAUUUUUAAUUGUAUUGUAUUUAUAUUAAAUAAAGUCUGAGUUUCACCUCAGGAUAUAAGUU